CGCCUUCGCUGGAGAUCCUCUCCCCAUAGCCGCCAGGUUCGCCGACAGAGCUCGUCGCCGCCGUCGCUGUCCUCCUAGUUCUCGCUGUCGUCGUCUUACAACACACCAAUCCCUUCAGGCCAUACGAUAGGCUACCUUGACAAUGGGGUCCAAUUCCUUGAAAGAAUAUCUGAAAAGGUAUGAAAGUAACCCAGAAGAAGGAACAACAAACGCAAAGAAGAAAAAGAAGCAAAAGAAGAAGAAACCUCAAACACAAGCAACUGGAUUAGUUGUGGUGGAUGAAGAUCCCGUAUGGCAGAAACCAGUAGAUCUUGGAGAAGAAAAUAGUGACAAUUCAUCAGAUGAGGAGAAGCCAGUAGUAGAUGAAGACAUUGAAGUUAAACGUAUGAGGAGGCUUGAACAGCUGAGAGCCAGGCGUCAUUAUCAUGCUAUAUCUGAGGAUGGAAGUGGUUGGGUUUCACUUUCUCCUAAGUAUGCCAAUUCUAAUAACAUCAACAAUGACAUGUCUCCACCCCAUAAAGGGAAGAUUCGGAAUGGCACUCCUUCACCAGAACCUGAAUUGAAUCUAUUGACUUCUAAUGUAGAAGAUACUGAUUUAUCCCCUCCUCGUCAACAUUCAAGACGCUAUGACACUCCGUCACCUGAACACGCCUCACAACUUGCACAUAACCAGGCCAAGGAUUCUGAUUUAUCUCCCCCUCGUAAACAGAGGGCUCACAGUGUUACACUUUCCCCAGCUCGUAAGUUUAGGCCAUCAGAUGCUACAAUUGAAGAUGCUGAUUUAUCACCUCCUCGGCAACGGCGCAAAGAAGAUUAUGGGAAAAGAGGCCUGGAGACUGCUGAAUUGCAUGACAUAUCUCCACCUCGACGAGGUCAUCAUGAUUCUCUCUAUCAAGUCAGUUCACAUAAAUCAUUGGAGUUGGACCUUUCACCUCCAAGGAAAAGAAGGAAUAUUGGAGGACGGGGUUUAUCUGAUCGCUCUCCCAGUCAUCCUCGUAGUCCUCCUGCGAGAGUCAUUUCACAUCCAUCUUUGUCUCCUGAUCUUUCUCCACCAAGAAAAAAGCAAAAAGAAGUAGAUUUUCCAUCUUCUAUGAAGAAUCAGAAAACAGGCUUAAUUUCUGGUCGAGAUGUUAGGGAAGAAAUUGACAAAAAGAAGAAAGAUGAUUGGCUGAGAUUUAAACAGAUGGAUCCGAACAUCAGCGGGCGUGGUGCUGAACCUGUGUAUCGUGAUAAAAUAAAAGGAGAACGCAUUUCAAAGGAGGAAUACAUGAAGUCAAAACAAAAAAUUAAAGAAAAGCCAAAGGAGAUGGAAAUAGAAUGGGGUAAGGGUUUGGCUCAAAAACGGGAAGCUGAUGCUAGACUUCAGGAACUAGAACUUGAGAAGGACAGGCCAUUUGCACGUACAAGAGAUGAUCCGGAGCUUGACUCAGUGCUGAAGGACAGAGUAAGAUGGGGCGAUCCUAUGGCACAUUUGGUGAAGAAGAAAUAUCCGGCGCCUGUUAUUCCGGACCUGGGGGACAAUGAUAGAAUGAGGGAUUCAGGUUUCAUCGUUCCUCAGGACAUUCCAGAUCACAGCUGGUUGAAAAGAGGUUUGGAUGCUGCGCCUAAUCGGUAUGGGAUCAGGCCAGGACGACACUGGGAUGGUGUUGAUCGUAGUAAUGGAUUUGAGAAGGAGCUGUUCAAGAGAAUGAAUGAGAAGCGAUCCAGGGACAAAGAAGCUUACCUCUGGUCCGUGUCUGAUAUGUGAUAUGUAACUUGUGCAUUCAAGAAAAUUUUGUACUCGUCUUGAUUAAAAAGGAAAAAUGUAGUUGUCUCCCAUAUGAAAUCGAGUAAAUUGCAGAAUUUUUUUUUCUUUC